GGGAAUGCUAGGCAAGGCAGAUGGGGAAAGGGCCUAUUCCUGGCCCGCCUCCUUGGUCCAGGGGAGGGCAACUUUUGAAUGGCUGCAGGAGAAGGAGGAGGAGGUGAGUUGCCCGGCAGGAGCAUGUUUAGGCAAGGCAGAGCAAGAGGGGAAGGGUGCCUGGAGGGGACAAAUUAGGAGGAGAAAGAGCUGCAUUCUGGUUUCAUAUCGAUAGGGAAUAGGCGCCUCUCUCCACUCUUUCUUUUGUAAGCCAGUGGCAGAGCAUCCGCUUUGCAUGCAGAAGGUCCUGGUUCAAGCCUCGGGGGCACAUCCUGGUAGGGUUGCCUGAAACCCUGGAGUGACCUUGCCAGUCAUUGUCCUGAGCUACGUGGACCGGUGGUCCUGUGCUCCUUAUCAGGGUUAGAAACUCCAAUAUAUAAUCUGGGUGCCAAAUGGCUCCUUAAACCAAGGUUGCAGUUGCCAAAAUGGAAUCUUUUAUUUGCCCUUUUGGGGGCAAGAAGCCUCUAAAGUUUUAUUUUUCAAAUGAUGAACUGACUGUGACUGAUUCUCAGAUAAACAUCUGGCUAGUUCCGAUGACAGGCUAGGUUAAGAGCUUUGAGAACUUAAAGAAGAAAAGCCAUUUGAUCCAGGGACAGGCCACAGAGAUACAGUCAGACCUUGGGUUACAGACGCUUCAGGUUGCGUUUUUUCGGAUUAUGGACGCGCCGAAACCCGGAAGUACCAGAACAGGUUACUUCUGGGUUUCGGCGGCCGCCCAUCCGCAGAAGCGCUAAAUUGCGCUUUGCGCAUGCGCAGAAGCGCUGAAUUGCAACCUGCUCGUGCACAGACGCAGCGCUGUGGGUUGCGAACGUGCCCCCCGCACGGAUCCGUAACCCAAGUGUCCACUGUAUUGGCCUAUUCCGACCUCUUUUUCUUAAGGGUGACUGCUCCUGCUCAGGCUGCACAUAAAAAAAGCAACUGGGUUCCAGAAAGUGAUUCUGAUGGUGCAGAUAAAAUAUAACUGAUAGAAUUUCACAGUGUUGGGUGAAAACAGUCCCGAUCCAAUGAUCCCCAGGUGGUGGAGAUGUCAGGCACCAUCCUCGUGUCCAUAUGUUGUUUGUUUGUUUGUUUGCUUGCUUGUUUGCUUCAUUUCUAUACUGCUUUAUAUUUUUAAGAAAAAUCUCAAAGCAGUUUACAGCAUAUUAAAAUCUCAGUAAAAUAAUCCAGAAUCAAACAUUUCUGAAGAAAGUCAAAUAUAGAGUAUACAGCCAAAGCAACAUAAUUAACAGAACUAAAAUAUUAUCUUAAAGAUUUCAAAAUAAAACAUUACAAAGGAGGUCAACUACAGAAUACAUUUAACAGAAACAAAAUUAACAAAAAAAAUUUUUUUUAAAAGAAAAAACCAGUGCUAAGUGAAGUCAGAUAUAAAAUGCACAUUUAAAACAGCACAACUAACAAGAGAAUAAAAUAUUAUCAUAAGCAUGAUACGGCUGUUUGGCAGGCAUAAAAAGAUGGGGCAAAAGAAUCCAAUAGGGGUUUGUUGUCAGGCAUAGCGACGUUCCUCCGGUCUCACCAGGCACCUCUUUAGUAGAGCUGGUGAGUCUGGGCCCCGCCCCCUAGGCUAGGUGGAAAGGGCCUUGCAGGGAGUGGCCUUCAAGACUCAGGGCCAGCCGAUGUUGUUGUGACUACAACUCCCAUCAUCCCUGAUCACUGACUGGGGCUGAUAGGAAUUGCAGUCCAAAGCAUCUGGAGGGGAAGGGUGCUAGCUCAGAAAGCAGAGAAAGAACAUUUCCUUUGCAUUCAGAAGGCACCAGGGGCAAUCCCAGGUGGGGCUGGGAAUGUCCCCUGCCUGAAGCUCUGGGGGGCAACUGCCACUCACAUAACAGCACUUGUGAAGCAAUUGGCAUUGUGUCUUUGGCUAGAGCAGGGGCAGGCAACCUAAGGCCUGGGGGCCAGAUGCGGCCCAAUCGCCUUCUAAAUCCGGCCCGCGAUGGUCCAGGAAUCAGCAUGUUUUUACAUGAGUAGAAUGUGUGCUUUUAUUUAAAAUGCAUCUCUGGGUUAUUUGUGGGGCAUAGGAAUUUGUUCAUUUUUUUUUCUUUUCAAAAAUAUAGUCUGGCCCACCACAUGGUCUGAGGGACGGUGGACCAGUCCACGGCUGAAUAAGGUUGCUAACCCCUGGGCUAGAGGCAAAGCAUAGCCAUCAGGGUGAGUAGCUACUGAUAGCUUUAUCCUCCCUGAAUUUACCUAACCCUCUUUUAAAGCCAUCCAAGUUGGUCCUACGCAUAUUAACUUGGAAAUACCUCCCAGAGCAAUUUCCCAAGUUCUCUGGGAAGGAAGAUUGAUUGUUUUAACUUCUCGGGAAAUUGUAGUUCUGUGGGGGGAACAGAGGGUCUCCUCUAACAGCUCGCCCCACCAUGGGCAGAGGACAGUUCCCAUGAUUAUUUGAGAGAGGCCACAGCUGUUGUUAGGAGUGGCAUGUGUGGUGUGGAUUUGGCCUUCAACUCCCAUCAUAGCAUCAUAGCUAUGUAGAGUUGGAAGGGACCACAAAGGUCCAGCCCCCUGCAAUGCAGGAAUCUUUUGCCCAGCGUGUGUCUUGAAUCCCUGACCCUGAGGUUAAGAGUCUCAUGCUUUACCAACAGACCUUAUCAGCAUUGCCAAUGAUCAGGGGUGACAGGAGAUAUAGUUAGCAACAUCUGGAGGACCUUCGGUUUUGCAACCUCCAGAUUUAGGACUCACUCAGGAAUUUUUCUUUCUUCUAUAAGGAAACUCUGAGCAGAGAAGAUGGCCAGGAUCCUGUGCACAAAAGCCCUUGGCUAAGGAAACAAACAUGGGACAUCUACCAAAGAGAGGGUCCCUCAGCAUGGAGUGAAGGCAGAAGGCAAAGGCAUCCAGAAACAGACAUGGAUGAGCCCAUUCUGUGUGCAAAAAACUUUAAAGAUUUAGAUGCCAUCGCAGCCAAGGAGGAGAUUGAGGAAAAUGACAAGCAAGUGGCUUUGACCGAAUGUGAGAUGGACUCUCCAAGGUCUACAUGCACCCACAUGGAAGGGAAACCACAUAAGUGUCCAGACUGCGGAAAGUCUUUCAGCAUGAAUUCUCACCUUAUUAGUCAUCAGAGAACCCACACGGGGGAGAAACCGUACGGAUGCUCAGCGUGUGGUAAGAGCUUCUCUCAGAAAGGGCACCUUGCGGUCCACAAGAGGAUCCACAUGGAAGAGAAACCGUACAAAUGCUCAGAAUGUGGGAAGUCUUUCUGUAAGAAUGCUGACCUCACCAGGCAUCACCGAAACCACACCGGGGAGAAGCCGUACAAAUGCGCUGAUUGCGGGAAGUCGUUCAGCAUGAACUCUGACUUUGUUAGGCAUUACAGAACCCACACGGGAGACAAAAUGUACGAAUGCUCGGACUGUGGGAAGAGCUGUGGAACGAAGAGCCACCUGGUCGCUCACCUGAGAAUGCACACUGGAGAGAAACCGUUCGCCUGUGUGGUCUGCGGGAAGAGCUUUUCUCAGAAAGGGAACCUUGUCAUUCAUCAGAGACUCCACACCGAGGACAAGCCCUAUAAGUGCUCGGACUGCGGGAAGUCCUUCUGUAAAAACGCCGAUCUUGUCAGACAUCGCCGAAACCAUACAGGGGAGAAACCGUACACAUGCCUGGAGUGUGGGCGAUCCUUUAGUAUGAACGCUGACUUUAUCAGGCAUUACAGAACCCACACGGGGGAGACGCAGUACAAAUGCUCCGAGUGCGGCAAAAGCUUUAGCAAGAAGUGCAACCUGGUGACACACGUGAGAAGCCACACGGGCGAGAAGCCCUACAAAUGCUCAGCGUGCGGGAAAAAGUUCUCCCUCAAAGGGAACCUCGUAGCCCACGAGAAAACCCACACGAAAGAGAAGCCGUGCAAGUGCUUGGACUGCGGGAGAUCCUUCAGCGUGAACUCUAAACUCGUCGAGCACCAGCGACUUCACACACGAGAAAAACCAUACGAAUGCUCGGACUGUGGCAAAAGGUUCCGCUGGAUCGGAAACUUCAUGUCGCACAUACAGUUCCACUCGGGGGAGAAACCCUACGAGUGUUCGCUGUGCGGGAAAUCCUUCAUUAUACAACACGACCUUGUUCGGCACCAGAGGACCCACACGGGAGAGAAGCCCUAUAGGUGCGCGGAGUGCGGGAAAACGUUCAGUCAGAAGGGGAGCCUUGUUGUACAUGAGAGAAUCCACACGGGAGAGAAGCCGUACAAGUGUGCGGAUUGUGGGAAAUGUUUCAACCUCAGCUCUUGCCUCAUCCGACAUCAGCUAACCCACACGAGGGAGAAACCCUACAAAUGUGCAGAUUGCGGGAAAAGCUUUGGCGUCAGCUCUCGCCUCCUCCAACACCAGCAGAUCCACACAGGAGAGCAGAUUCAUAAGUGCUCGGAAUGCGGGAAGAGCUUCGCUCACAGAAAAACUCUUGUCAAGCACAUGCAAACACACACACAGGAGGAGAAGCCACAGACUUGCUUGGUGUGUGGGGAAAGUUUCAUGGACCCUCCUGCUUUUAGCCAGCAUAAGAGAGUCCACGCUGAGGAGAACUCCAAUGAAAUCGCCAUGUUGUGACAAGCAUUUGCGUAUCGGCCUUUAUAGAGGAAAUAACCCAGAGGAAGAAUGAGGAUAUCAUAUCAGAUAAUAUUCAUUAGAAGGGAGGACUUUUAAAGGCUCUGAUUGUGGAAAGAGAUCAUGAGGGAUUUUUUCAUUUAUUUAUUAGGGAACAAGUAUCUUUUCUGUGGUAGAUGAGAUCAUAAUUCUUUCAAUCUGCUCCCUCACCUGAACGCCACCACAAGGGCUAAUGGAGAACCACCUUGCCCUGAGGGGAGAAGGAAGAAAACAGCCUGAGGACUGCUGUCACUCCAGUCAGGGGAAGUUACGGUUUGAAGCUGUUGCGUCACCAGUGAUUCCAUUUGGACUUAAUUUAGAUAUUUUGCUAAACAUCUCAAGUAUUGUCUGUCUUGUUAGAAAUGACAAACUGGUGGUUUUAAGACGACUUCUAAGGUAUUCCUGAUAUUGCUGUGGCAUAGGAGCCAAUUUCUAGGGGCCAAGGUGCCUUCGCCCCCCCACUCCAUAAAAUAUUUCAGGGCGCCGGGUCCCCCCAGAGUUGAUGGGCAUCGCCAUUGAAAUGGUGUGUGCACACCACAUCAUGUGAUCGAUUAUGUAGGGCAGGGCUUACCUGCCUCCCCCAUGUUUUAUUCAAGCUAGAACCCCUGUGCUACAGCGAGGAAGCCCUGAGGCCUUUGAAAAAAAUAUGCUUUUUAUAUUAUAAGACUGCCUUCUGAAAUAGCUUUGUUUUUACUCACUUUUACAGGUAGUUGGGGUGGUUCAAUUUUAGGUAACGUCCAAAACCUUACCUGUUUUAAUCUGUCAUUUGUGUGGAUUGUGUGUGCGUUGACACAAUUUACGGUAGUUCAGUUUAGGGAAAGAGAAAUUGGAUGCAACCUCCUCAUUGCAUAGCUGACACAGGAAAGACGUUACAUUGAAUAAUUGGGUAUAAUGUGUCCUGUAACACCAUUAAAAGAUUACUUCCUUUUUUAUUUAUAUCAAGGGUCAUUCUAGAGAUCAGGCUGCAAUCCUAUACGCCAGGGCUUUCCAAACAGUGUGUCGCGACACAUUGGUGUUUUGGCUGCAGUGUGUAAGUAUGUCGCACAAACGCUCCCUGCACUCCUCCCAGGGCUGGAAAAGGGUUAGUUUAACCUCCGGUUUGCUAGUAAAGCUGAAUAAUCAUAUCACAAAAUAAUGCAUGUCUCAAAAGUGUGUCGCCAACAUGAAAAGUAUCUGGAAAAACAUUCCACUUUACUCAGUGGUCUUUACCUCUGAGUAGACAUGUAAAAAACUUGGAAAAAACAAACAACCCUUCAGCCACUUUGAAGAACCGAAGGGAAAGCAGAGAGGAGGAGGAAACGACAGUUUCACUGACUACGGACAAUAUAGCUUAAAUUUCUGGCGCAGGCUGGGGAACCUGUGACCCUCCAGAUGUUGUUGGACUAUAAUUCCCAUCAUCCCUGACCGUUGGCCAUGCUGGCUGGGGCUGAUGGGAGCCUUUGUCCAUCCUCUGUAGUUUGUUAAGUGUGCUUGAGAGCUGGUAGGAGACCCCUCACAUAGCCACAAUCCCCAGCACCCUUAAACUACAGGUCCCAGGAUUCCAAAAGGGAAGCCAUGACUGUUGAAAAUAGUGUAAGGGGGUUUUAAAGUCAUGGUUGUGGAUGUGACCACUGACAUAUUAGCGGUGAGAUUAUCUUGGAUCACUCCAUAGUAUGAGUUGUUCUGGGAUACUUCCCCAGUGUUACUGCAUUAAUGCUGUCUGGAGGGGCACUUGCAAAAAGGAAAAAAAUGGGGUCC